AUGGAUGAUGGAGUUGCCCUUCACUUUGUUUGCAAGUCCACAAGACACAAGGAGAAGCAGGCCCUUACAGAACUGGGCAUCUUUGACCUCAUAUCAAAAGCCAUUGAUUGCAUUGGAAAAGCUGCUUCCAUGUCUCAACAGGAGAGAGCCAUCUUUGUUGGUGACUGGCUUCGGCAGGCUAAGCAGCGCCUUCGUCAGAAGGAACGUGCACAAAUGUGAUUCUUUGUGAUUCACUUGUUCAAAAGUGAUUUUCAAG